UGCCGCUGGAAGAUGGCGGUGAGUACCACAAGAGGAGAAAUAUGACAAUUUAAAUGUGUAAUAUAUAGCUUGCUGGCUACCGAUUAUAUUGAACAGAUUAUCUUGAAACGGGCCAUUUUGAGCCUCUUCAUAAAUCGCGCUGUAUGUCUGGCAACAUUGUAGAAAAGAGGGACGAAACGUUGACCUUACCCUGGAAGUGGAUGCCGCACAGAAACUGAGCGUGGAGGUUGACAGGAGGGGUGGGGACCAGGGAUGGAGAGCUAUGAAGAGUUCUGUUCCAGCAGCCUGGCCAGGCUCAGGACAGCGGGGAAGGUGCAGACAUGCAGUGAGGCCUCCAAACAGCAGGGGGCGCUGUCCCUCAUCCGAUUCCAUGGAAUGGCUGUGCUCUCACCUGUGCUGAGUGAGGAACAGCGCAGUGAGAUGACGCAGUACAGGCAGAGAGCUGCACAGCUGGAGGCGGAGAGGCACAGUCUGCGCAGGAGCAGCAAGCUGACCCGCAUUCAGGACGUCCUGGACAGUGUGCAGACAUGUAAGAGCCCAAAGGAGGAGGGGUCACCAGCAGCCCCGCCCACCCACUGCUCACCGGCUCUGCCCCCUCACUCCUCCCCGAAGCCUGAGUCUGUGAACGGCUUUGCACUGCUGCCUAAUGUACCGGGCCCGCCCUGGUGCGGGAGGGGCGGGGCGGCUGUCGAGAGGGAUGCCCCCGUGUUUGGGGGCGGCGUCUCUGGGGUGAGCCUGCAGAGUCUGCUCAGGAGGUCCCGGGAGUACAUGGAGAGGGAGCAGGGGCGGCGGGGGUCCCGGGGCAGCUGCAGGGCCACGCCCGUGCCCAGGGAGAGCCUCUCCGACAAGGAGAAUGAGAGCGGCGGCGCGGGCGAGACACAGGGACACAGCCCCCUCAGCCCAGCCCACGGCCAGCCCGGUUCCGACCCGAGCGUCUCCCCUGAUUCGCUGUCGGGCAGCCACCCGCGGUGCCUCACCGGGCCAUACUCCCAGCUGCCCAGCCCAGAGCCCAGCCUCAGUCCCCGCCCCCACCGCCGCCGGCCCCGCCCUGUUUCCGCCGGCAACAUCCUCAUCUCCUUCCCCGUGUGCGGGGUGGAGCAAGGCCCCGGGGGGCUGGGGAGGGCGCAGGAAGGGGGCGCCCUGGCAGCACAGGGGGCAACGGCCACCCCCGCGUCCUCGGAGAAGCGGUCCCCGGAACACCCCUCGCUGUCACCCCCUGGAGUCAGCAGUCGGCGCGGGAGCCACACGGGCGCGGGCGAGAAGGCGGGCCCGCUCGGUCCCGCCGUGGCCGCCGCUCUGGGGCAGGACGUCCUGGCCCCGGCCUUCCGCAGGCGAUCCCAAACCCUGGACAGCCAGCUGUACCCCACCCGCUCGGGACCCCCCAUAGACCGGAGCCAGGAGAGGGUCCCGCGCUUCAUCGCAGGCCUGCCCUGGCGAGCCCCCUGCCGCCGCUCCCCCCCCGACAGCCCCGCCCCGCUGCUGCUGCGGGCCCAGGCUGCCCCCUCCCCCUCGCCCACACACUCGCCCGGCAUCAUCAAGCGCAGCCUGGACACCGACGACGCCAAGGGGUCACCCGAACGCCGGCUCAACCUCAACCUCCUGCCCACGCCCCCAGAGCAGCCCGACAGCAAAGCGGGGCAGGUGCAGCGGCAGGUGCAGGUUCUGGAGGAGAUGCGCAGGCAGCUGGAGGAGGAGCACGCCCUGCAGCUGUCACUGCUCAUCGCCGAGCAGGAGAGGGAGCAAGAGCGCCUCCGGCAGGAGCUGGAAGAGAGGGAGAGGAGGCUGAAAGAUCGCCCUGCUGCUGGGGACCUGGGGGUCGACUGGAAAGUGCAGAGGGACAGCUACCCUGCCCUAAGCCCCGCCUCCGGCCCCUCCCUGAGUCCCGCCCGCAGUCCUGCUAGCUCCACCUUAAGCCCUGCUGGCUCCACCUUAAGCCCUGUUGGCUCCGCCCUGAGCCACACUGGCUCCGCCUUAAGCCCUGCUGGUCCCGCCCUGACUCCUGCAGAGAGGUCCCCAGGACACAGCAUACACAGCAUGGGUUUCCCCUCUUUGCUGAGCCCCAACAUCUCCUCCUCUGCUCCUCAAACCCCAGCCUACCUGUGGGGGCCGUCCUGGGGGAAGCCACGAGGCCGGCUGAGUCAGUAUAUGACCCCCGAGCAGCAGGUGGCGCUGUGCCGCUUAGGUGCCAUCACGAGAGGUUUCCUCACCCGCAGACUGCUGAAGACCGAGAAGGUCAAACACCUGCGUCAGACUGUGCAGGACACGCAGGAGUUCAUUCGCUCGUUCCAGACUGAGGCCCCCAUGAGGAGGGGGUCACUCUCAGCACAAGACCUGUCCCUGCAGGGGAGGGUCAGAGCACAGCUGCGCGCGGCGCUGUACGACGUGCACGACAUCUUCUUCGAGAUGCCCCUGGGGGAGCGGCUGUCCCUGCUGCAGCAGGACAGAGAGCUGCGUCUGGAGAGGAAGCUCAGAGAGAUGGAGAAAGCCAAGAGCCCCAGGGAGAGAGUCACGCUGUCGGCCGCUACCCAGAAGUCCUUGGACAGGAAGAAGCAGAGAGGUGGGGAAACUCCAGGGCAGGCCAAGAGGACACAGCAGAAGCCAAAGAGCCCCCCCACAAACAGGGUCCUGCAGCCCAGCCAGGGCCAGAAUGCGCCCGUCCCGGGCCAGCUGCUUCGACAGGGGAGUCUGUACAGGAAGACUCCGGAGGAGAGACUGAAGCACUCGGACAGCCUGAGGAAGCAGCACUCUCUGGGGUAGUACUGGCUUCUGCCCCUUGGUGUCCCUGACACCGCCAACCCCCUGUCAGCACCCCAAUGCAGUAUACACCCUCUCGCCCCCUUCCUCAACACUCCACACCAAGAGAGAACCUCCUCUAACUCCCAAAGCCUCCACGGCCAGUUAAGGGAGAGUAAGGCCUUGGGGACCCCUUGAUGGAUGGAGCUAUGGCUGCCAUCUGCUGUCAAUCCCUGACUUGCUUGAACAAAUCAAACAAGCUCUCUACAGCAAAACACUACAACUGGUGCAAAUAAGUGAGACUGAUAGAGCAUGAUAACCUCCAAGCAGCCUCAUUCUCCCCACACUACAGGCCUCCUUGCCAAACCGUCUCCCACCCAUAUGCUUCCCACCCCCUGGUCAAAACCUCCAGUCCACCCUUGCUAAAAUACCUCCCAACACUGUAACCUGUGUCAACUUCCCAAAAUUUCUCACUCCCCAAUGCCAAAACCCUUCCCAAGACUACCCAUCCAUCUCUUGCCAAACCGCCACCCCAGGCCAGUAGAGGGCACUAGAAAAGUGUGCUCUCCCUGCUCCAACGCACACUACCCUACAGGAAAUCCACAAGGAUGACAGUCAUCCUGCAUCAGACUGUUACUAUUAUUAUUAUUAAAAAGCGAUGAACAUUUGUAUCUUGGAAUAGUUUACCCUGCUCCUACAGUUCUGUAAUAUAUUAUCUUGCCAAGAUGUGAUUCAGCCUCUUUUCCUGUUCCUGCUCAGCCAAACAAGAGAUUCUGCAGCUGGAAGCGUGUCUGUGUGAUUUGGGGAGGGGCGGGAGCGUAAAUGUGAAAAAUGCCAUUUUGCUCGAGUUCUCGAGAUUAACAAUGAGGCCAUUAUUGCGGACUGAGUCACUGGCGUGUCUGAGGGUUGCCUCAUAUCAGUGUGGCGGGGUGUGGCUGCGUCUACGCUGUGCAUUACUGGCUGAUGCUUCUCUCUCCGUGAUCCCCUUGCUCCCUGGAGCUGCUGUGCCAUUGAUACACUUCUCACACAGACAGAUGCAUCUCGGAUGCAC